UGGUUAACCCUCAGAGGAAUGUAGGUAAACAACGAAUCAUCUGCCUUUCUAUAAUAAGGACUGCCCCUUCUCACUUCUUGGUUUUUACACUUUUUGUAAGGCCUUAUAACUCCAGAUGAGUUUACAUUUGGAGCUGUUUGAACAAAUACCAUCAUUCAUUUUCAAGUGUUAGGUUUUACUUCAGAAUUCUGUUAGAAGAUGCGUACAUCCAGCUAAUUUAUAGUCAUCUGACUUCCUAGUAAAGAAGGACCUGAAUUGGAGAAAUGGAAUAUUUUUCACUGAUGUGAUAUGUUAGAUAUUUGAGGCUGAGAGAAACCAGAACAGCAUAUUCCACCGCUAAGGCACAGAGAGAGAAAGAACAGGUCGUUCCCCCAGCGAUGACACUGAUGAAGUUGUGUUUUCACCUUUGUGUGUUAAAUGCAGUCCUUCUAGAUCACAGUUGUGUGUGCCUGAGUAAAGCUAAACACUCUGGGACACGCAAGAUAUUGUCAUACCUGCCUAAAAGUAAUAAAACUUUGAACUCUGAUGGGAAUCUCUUGGAUGAUGCCCUGACGGAACAGGGUUAUUACCUGCAGAAACUUUUCACUGUGUAUGGUGAGAAUGGCACACUUUCCUAUGAAGGUCUCACCAGUCUACUGAUGAAUCUGGGUCUAGGUAAGACUCAAGUUGUGGCCAUUAGUCACAAAGGUCUAGGACAUGAUCAUGUUUCUCAUCUGGAAGCCCUGGAUGUACAGGAAAGCAGGCAUUCUCAUUUGCAUUCCAUUCUAGACCACGUCUCUCCCUCCACCACUAAGGAAGGAAGUUUGAGAACGUUUCCACAAGGAAUCACUACUGCAAAGCCUGUUGUGUCUGUAGAACUGAAUGCAACGUCUAGAAAGCCGAAAAAAGUCCAAACAAAACAAAAAGUUCAGAUAUGGACAGUGCUUAAAGAUGCCACCACCUCAUCACAGUUGCCGUCCAAAAAUGGUUCAUACUACAGUCGAUCAGAGGAAGGUCUUAGAAUACUUGAAAAAGUAUUCACUUUAAAUCAUUCACUGAAGAACCAUCUUCAUGGAGAUUGUUUAAAUGUGUCCCAACUGCUCAUGAAUUUUGGACUUGAUGAAGUAUCAGAGAUUACUCCAGAGGAAUUUACCCUCAUCUGUCCAGCUCUUCUUUAUCAGAUCGAUAGCCGUGUCUGCCUACGGCACCCUGAUGAAAUACAGGAAAAGUUUGUGGACACCCCAAGUUCAACAGUUCCAGCGUGGGUCUGGGGCUUGCUUGCCAUCACUCUGAUAAGCUUGCCAUCUGUCAUAGCGAUCAUCAUUGUACCAUUUUUAAAGCAGGAGUUUUUCCAUUCUCUCCUUGCCUUUUUGGUGGCCAUGGCCGUGGGGACACUAUGUGGAGAUGCACUGCUUCACCUUCUGCCCCAUGCCAGUGCCAGUCAUGAUGAUUAUUCUAGAAGCACAGCAAUUUCUGACAUUGCGGAUUCCGUGCUGAAAGGGCUGUCUGUCCUGGGAGGCAUCUACUUGCUCUUUGUGAUUGAGAGCAUUAUGACAAUGAUCAGGAAGAGACACGUAAAUGUGAGAUACCAUCACACCGAGGCUUCACAUGGAGCAGUAACAGAGGCUGAAUGUGGCACAGAACUCUACCAGCUUCCUCCCAGACAAGAACCUACAGCUCUCAGUUUUUCAGUACUUCAGGAGGAGCAAGAAGCUCUGAAUUUAUGUCAGAGGAGAGAUACUGAUCUCACCCCUGCCAGGACGCAGGAUGAAGGGGAGACAGGUUAUCGUUGUAGAAGUGAAAAGUCCCUCCAUUCUCCUUCCAGUCACUCACAUGACAUGGACAUUACCAAGGAUACCAGCAUAGCAAAUAUUGCCUGGAUGGUUAUUAUGGGAGAUGGAAUCCAUAAUUUCACAGAUGGCUUAGCAAUUGGGGUUGCCUUUGCAGAAGGCAUUGCAAGCGGAUUGAGCACCACUAUUGCUGUAUUUUGCCAUGAAGUACCGCAUGAACUUGGUGAUUUUGCUCUGCUACUAAAGAAAGGGAUACCUGUAAAGCGAGUGCUCAUGUUCAAUCUUCUGUCUGCCCUCCUUGGAUACUUGGGUAUGCUGGUUGGCACAGCCAUAAGUCAGCGGUCUUUCAGUGUAACUCCCUGGAUUUUUGCUAUUACUGCUGGCAUUUUUCUCUAUGUUGCAUUGGCAGAUAUGCUUCCAGAUAUUCUACAGGGAGAUUCCAGAGAUGGUGCCAGAGGUCACUUAAAGUAUUUCAUCCUCCAAAACCUGGGAUUUCUGAUGGGAGGAGCCAUAAUGCUCUGCAUAGCUGCCUUUGAAGAUCAAAUAUUCCUACGUCUCAGCUUCUGAAAAAGCAUCUUGAAAUCUUUCAUAGCAAAGUCUCAUGGGUAUUAACUUACCUUCUGUGAAGUUCAGUCUUGUAGAAGGAUACCAUGAUCUACUUUCAAUACAAUAUAUUUUUUUCUGUCAUUAUGAAAUGCUACAGUGAUCUAAUACAGAAAAAAAUCUAUGAAGAACAUACCUC